AUGUAUAAUGCCAAUCACAAACGACACUUGCUGAUUAGCUCGCGAUAUUGCACAUUAACCUCUCUUGAUGUACUGAGAACUCGGCCGGAGGACUCGCUACUGACUGAUCUCGUUGUCAGGUCACCUGGAAUGGUUCCGAUUACCCCGAAUUUCCGUCAACUAGGCGGAAAACGGAUCGUGCUCUUCAAGCACAUUCACGGGCGACUCGCCUGGGAAUUGUGUGCCGCGGAUGUUCUGAAAGCAGCCAGACAGUUAUGGUGGUGUCGGCCAGUAUGGCAAGCAUGUUCCUGCGUCAACUCCCCCUGUUCAUGCCUACGCUGUACAGCCCUGUCAAAUACGUCAUACACGUGGAGAAAUGCUAACGUCUGGUGUUUUCGUUGCCGAUGUUGGAGCUCAUGGCUAGGUUCUUCCUGCGGCGCUUGGAUUUUUGAGCUCCGGGGCACGGGGCCUCCCGAGGCCAUUGCGCUGACGCUAUUCAUGACACGACCAUGGUCCGGAGAUGAAACACAGGAGUCUAAAUAUCCAGCGGAAUUAACUCCACGCCAACGACAGGAGCUCCUCCAACGAAGAAUAACUUGUCUUGAUGAACUCCGGAAGCUCUUCUUUUCUUCUGGAAUUCUGCCCCGCUGGCCGGAAAGCUGCACUUCAGCCCUGUCCGUUAUGCAGAAGAAGUUAUUAGAAAACACAAGGUAUGAAGCAAUUGCCCGAUCUGACAUUAAUAUACUAAUAGUAAUAUACCAGCAAGAUGAUAGGCGCAAAAUAAUUUUACUAAGGGUUGCCUAG